CCAACCAAGGCAAGCUAUAGUAACGUCGCCAUUCCGAGAUCUCUUCGACGUAUCUCUAAAGCCUGCCUUUCCAAUCACUUCUCGCACACAGAUGCCGUCGCUAUCUCAAGUCGAAAGCACACAGUCCACCAUUUCCGAGUCCGGAGACACCAUUUUCGAUUCUGCGGCCGAGAAUUCCGACUACGAAAACGAAUCGGCUACAGAUCUCUCAUCCUCCGUCUUUAGCGAUCAUGGUCUUCCUCCAGAUGUGGACCGCGAUGAGCCUUUGAUCAAUUCUAGGGCCUAUUACCAAGAACUUGAAAACCUGGAAACAAACGUAAUCAGCAGAUCAGGGCUUCAUCUUAUGAAAAGCACCCAAAGGCAGGAAUACCCAACCGGGGUAUUCAAUCUCCACGUCGCAUUCCCUGAUCAGUCCAGUGCCGUUUUGACAUGGUGCUUUCCCAAUUACGAUGAUCAGGUUAUACAAUUCUGCAAGAGUGACAGAUCAUUCUCUUCGAAGGGAUACAACGAGAAGGAUGCUCCGACAGUAUUUGCUUACUGGGCUUAUCAUCUUCUCGAAUGCAGAAAUCUUAUGUUAGGGGUUCUAGCCAAUGUCGAAGAAAUGCGAAGAGUAGGAUUCUGUGACGAGUCAAUUAACUACCUCACCCUCGAUCCCUCUAGGGAUGAUGUGGUGCGACUUAUUACCAUUCAUGUAGAGACAAUCCGAUCUCUCCAUGUGGCUUUGGAGCACGCAUUAGAUCGCAUUGUCUCUUUUAUGCAGAAGGGUGCAGAUCAAUGGACGCCCGAAAUCCAAGGCCAGCUGAAUCAAGUCACUCAGGCCGCUCGAGCUCUACUGCAAGACUGCCCCGUGAAACAGCAAAGUUUCUCAGAAUGUACCAUCUGGCGAACAGCUUCAAUACUAUGCGAUCUCGCCGUUGUAUCAUACAGUGGCGCCCACGUCGAGCGAUUCGAUACCCGCCACAUCCAGCAAGACCUCGAUUUCGCAAAGAUUACUACUGCUUGGACAUUUGCUACACGGAGUAAGGCGGGCUUGGUCUUGCGACGGCGCUCUUUGCGAUGCCUUGGCGAGUUUCUCGCGCACCAGAAGGUAUGGGUCAUACAGCCACAAUCAAGUCGAGAUCACAAGCAGGAUCUCUGGUUAUCUGCAUCUGUCAAUCAGCUCGCCGAUAUAUGGGGUCCAGUAUGGGCUGUGAUGAAUGAGUCUACGACUGUCAGAUACAAUGCUGGCCCUGGUGCGAUCGUAGCAUGGUCGAGCAGCUUUAAGCAUCCGCCGCUGAACGAUGAAAUAUUAUGCCAUUGGCUUCGCUUGGGGGAGACAUACCCCAGCGAGCCGAUAGGUAAUAAUACAGAACAAACAUUACUGAUAGGAGCUCCUACCGUUGUCGAUCGAAGAACCUCGUGUUUAAAAGAGAAUGAAGAAUGCCAGAACAAGACAAGAAAAGUCAUUCGGCAGCUGAAAUCUCAGCACCUGUUGGAAGAGAUUGGAACCCGAGCUGGAUAUUCUGAACUCGCAGAAGAGUCAGUCCAGCUCGGUAUGGGCUUCCAAGGCGUACAACUGGGUGGGACACGAGUAUACAAGCGACGUGCUGGAGUCACAUUAAAAGACGCAAUCUGCGACGCCUGGCGCAACAAAGAAGGGAAUCGAAAUCCCGCCAUCCUCGAACACUUCCUGGGCGUCGAAGUCUCCUUCUGCAGCCGAAAUGCACGGAGACGCCGACUCAAAAGCAUUCUCAAUUGCACCACUAUGCGCAACUGGCUCGAAGCCUGCAAGACCAACGCCGAGCCCUCCCCCUGCGAGAAGGCCUUCCACGAAGCCCUCCAAGAUGACGACCCGUACGCCUUCCGCCACCUGUGGAAACGACACCGUGAGUGGCGCCGUGAUCUUGAGCAGUUAGUCUCCUGGUGUCUCGACGGACUGCGGUACUCGAGCUUCGAGCAGGACGGCACACUGCGUGCACUGUGGAUGCCGCAUGACGACACGCGGUAUCGCGUCAAGCUCAAGAACAACCCGCACAGCUGGACCAGCUUCCUGGCCGACUCCAAAGACACCUGUGCCUUUGUCGUCAUGAGCGGUCGCUGUCUGCAGUCCGACUAUAAGGCCGGUGCAACCUGCCAGACUACGCUGCACCCUUACUCCCCCGACCUGGGCUAUCCGCUGCUCGAAACCUCUCUCGUCAUCAACCCCCGUGCGCCAAAGCCCUCAGGCCUAGAGCUGCGGAAGAUCAACGUCGAAAAGAACCCACACAGCAAGCGUCCAUGGCGCAUCAGCCAACUGCACAAAGGCGACAGAUUCGGGCUGGAAUCCGGGCGCCUGAAGGUCAUCGAGACGUUCGCCAGCACACGGCUGCUCGUAGACUACGAGGGCGGCAUCGUCAAGAUGCUACAAGACGCAACGCGCUCAGUUGUGCGCGCCAUGGGUGACGAGCCGCUGUACCACUGGGAGCUGCGCGAAGACGAUGAUGCUGCAACGAAGCCGAUUCCACUGUUUAUUCUGUCGCAAUACGAGCUGCGGCGAGGCUGAGAUUAUAAUGCCCUUUCGUAAAUGAGGCGGACAAUAUGUGGGUGUUGCUGUGAGAUGUACUGAGGAAGUGCGAUGUGCAUGGGAUGCCUGGCGUGAGUAUAGUCUGAUCGAAUCAGUG